CCCCCCCCGCCUCCUUUGACGGGUAAGGCAAAGAGUUCGGCGUCCGGCGUCUCGAGGGGAGAAAAAAAGAGAGAGAAAACCGGGUGGAGGUGCUCCGGGAACAGGGACCAGUCGCCGGUGCUUUCACGCGCCUCUGUGCUUCUCCGAGGACGAAGCCGUCAGAAGGAGAAACUCCGGAACAAAAUUCAUCUAAUUAAGAAAAAAAGCCUACAUAGUGAAAAAGAAAAAGACAACGAUCUCCAAGGAUGGCAACAGAAACCAAUCACAUCCAUCCAAUGCUUGAAUUGGCAGAGGAGACUUAUGGCAAAGGGAAUGAUUAUUCCAGGAUCUCUCUAGAAUAUAUAGGAAAAAGUACAGAUAUUAAAGCUUACAUGCUAAAGAAAUUGAAGAAAAAUUGCAGCUGUAGCCCAGCUAAAGCCAAAGAUCUGCUUUUCAGUUUUUUCCCAGUACUGACGUGGCUCCCCAAGUACAAACUGAAGGAGUAUUUCUUGGGUGACCUUAUGUCUGGUAUAAUUGUAGGAAUUUUGCUAGUCCCACAGUCCAUUGCUUAUUCCCUUUUGGCUGGCCAAGAACCUAUCUAUGGUCUAUACACAUCAUUUUUUGCAAGCAUCAUUUAUUUUCUGUUUGGAACUUCCCAUCAUAUCUCGGUUGGCAUUUUUGGUGUACUCUGCUUGAUGGUGGGAGAAGUGGUAGACCGUGAAUUACAGAUUGCUGGGUACAAUUCAAUAUCAGAUGCUUCUAGCAAUUAUCAUUCUGAUAUGAAUGAUCUCAUAAAUGUCACAAUGGUGUCUUGGACUGCCAAUCAGACUUCACAGAAAGUAUGUGAUAGGAGUUGCUAUGCAAUUAUUGUUGGAGCAACUGUGACUUUCAUAGCUGGAAUUUAUCAGGUUGCUAUGGGCUUCUUCCAGGUGGGCUUCAUCUCGGUGUACCUCUCUGAUUCCUUACUCAGCGGAUUUGUUACUGGCGCUUCCUUAACCAUCCUCACCUCACAAGCCAAAUACCUCUUGGGCUUAAACAUUCCACGGAGCAGUGGCAUUGGUUCUCUUUUAAAUACAUGGAUAAACAUAUUCAGAAACUUCCAUAACACCAACAUCUGUGACCUUAUCACCAGCUGCUUGUGUUUUCUUGUUCUUAUUCCAGCAAAAGAGUUAAAUGAGCGGUUCAAAUCAAAACUUAAGGCUCCCUUGCCCACUGAGCUCUUAGUGGUCAUAAUAGCCACACUGGCUUCUCAUUUUGGGAAGCUGAAAGAGAAAUACAAUUCCAGUGUGGCUGGACAUAUACCAACUGGAUUUCUACCACCACAAUCGCCAGAUUGGAGUCUGAUUCCUAGCGUGGCUAUGGAUGCAGUGCCCAUAGCCAUUAUUGGCUUUGCCAUUACUGUAUCUCUUUCAGAGAUGUUUGCCAAGAAACAUGGUUAUACAGUUAAACCCAACCAGGAAAUGUAUGCCAUUGGUUUCUGCAACAUCAUCCCGUCUUUCUUUCAUUGUUUCACAACCAGCGCGGCCCUUGCCAAAACUCUAGUGAAAGAUGCGACAGGCUGCAAGACUCAGAUCUCUGGUGUGGUGACUGGUUUGGUCAUCUUGUUAGUUCUCCUUGUGAUUGCUCCCCUCUUCUAUUCCCUUCAGAAAUGUGUGCUAGCGGUCAUCAUCAUUGUCAACCUCAAAGGAGCCUUGCGAAAAUUUCGUGACCUGCCAAAAAUGUGGCGGUUAAGCAAAAUUGACACACUGAUCUGGUUUGUCACUAUGUUAUGUUCAGCACUGAUAAGCACUGAACUUGGCCUUCUUAUUGGGGUCUGUUUUUCAAUGAUUUGUGUCAUUCUGCGGACACAAAAUCCAGAAGGACAGCUCCUUGGUCUGGUACCAGACUCUGAAAUCUAUGAACCCCUUUCUGCCUAUAGUGGCCUUCAAGUUGAAGCAGGCAUCAGACUUUUUCGCUUUGAAGCACCAAUAUACUACGCAAACAAAGAGAACUUUAAGUCCUUGCUGUACAAGAAGACCGGAGUCAAUCCUUCAUUGGAAUUGGCAGCAAAGAGAAAGCUAGAAAAGCAAAUACCUACUGAAAAAUCAGAUGGAGCCAGUGGAAAACAGGCAGAAACUUCGGUGCAGCUUGUCGCUCAGCAACUCGCAUUCCAUACACUAGUAAUAGACUGCUGUGCAGUGCAGUUCUUGGAUACAGCAGGGAUCCAUACACUGAAGGAAGUUCAAAGGGACUAUGGGGAAAUUGGCAUCCGGGUGCUGCUGGCUCAAUGUAAUCUCUCUGUGAGGGACUCCUUGCAGCGAGGGGAGUAUGUUAAAAAAGGAGAGAAGCAUUGUCUCUUCCACAGUGUGCACCAAGCUGUGGAAUAUGCAUUGUGUACAUAUAAGCAUAAUGGCAGCUGUGUCUCUGAAACCUAAUCUACUUUGGAGUCAUGGAAGGUGGCACUGUCACUCAAAAGUCCGAGAACAGCAAUGACACAUCCAGCUUGCCUUCUUCACA